CAAUUUUACAAAAAUGACCAUGACGUCAUUUAUUCAUCCCUUAUCAUCUUUUUUAUCCUUGGAAAAAAGAAAAAGAAAAUCCAAAUAAAUAAAUAAUAAAAGUUGAAGAUAAGCAAAAUAUAAAGAAUAGAUUAAUGCGAUUGAAGGAGUGAAUUUAUUAGUAUGGUAGGUGAAAAAAGCCGGGGCCCCUUUUUUUUAACUAGGGUUAGUAAAAACAGUAAAAUUGCGAUAAUUUAAAAAUUUAUGACGUAGAAAAGAAAAGAGGAAAAGAGAAUAAGAGCAGCGUAAUCGGCGGUCAAAAAAUUCAUGAAAUUUGCUGUAAUUGUAUAACAAUGAUCUGCAGUUGGUAGGGGUAUAUUUAUGUCAUUCGAUACUCAAUUAUACACACAAAAUCCAACCGGGAAUUCACAGAUUUUGCGUAUUUAUGCUGGUUUUUUUUGUUCCUGCUUCAAACCUAAACCAACACGAAUAAAUUAAAAUCAUAAACACCUGUUCUAACUCAUCACUCCUGUUUUUCCUUAAACUCUUCGCAAAAACUCCUUCAAUUUGUUCUUUCGCCUUUUGCCCUAUCCCUUUUUCCCAUUUUCAGCGCAAAGUGAGGAAAAAGAUAGCAUCUUUCUUUGCGUUUUUUUUUUGUUAGGAUUUUUUUUUUUCCAAUCUAAUUCCGUGUUUUCUGAUGAAUGGUGUUAUUGGUCCGUGAUGUUUAUUUUUUAGUUAUUCUGUGUAUGAAUAAUUGAAGUGAAAAAAAAGGGAUUGAGUUAACUGGGGUUUUUUUUCGGUAAUAAAUAAAUUAAAAUGGGUGAUCUUCCGGAGGGCGGUGCAACGGCGGAGCCAAACCCAUUUGGGAUUGGAACGGAAAAUUGGGCCGCCGCUGACAGAGCGACCCUUGAAAUAAUCCGGAAGGUUCAACCCACCCCUGUAUCGGAAGAGAAGAGAAAAGCGGUCAUUUAUUACAUUCAGAGAUUAAUCAGGAAUUUUCUUGGCGCUGAGGUAAUCCCGUAUGGGUCGGUGCCACUGAAAACUUAUCUUCCGGAUGGAGACAUUGAUUUGACUGCCUUUGGUGGUGCAAAUUUCGAAGAUACAUUGGCCGACGAUAUGAAAUCAGUACUCGAAGAAGAAGAGAGAAACAUGGGUGCUGAGUUUGUUGUAAAGGAUGUCCAGCUUAUUCGUGCUGAGGUUAAGCUAGUGAAAUGUAUCAUUCAAGAUAUUGUUGUUGAUGUAUCAUUUAAUCAAAUUGGGGGUCUUUGUACUUUAUGCUUUCUCGAGCAGGUUGACCGCGUUAUAGGCAGAGAUCAUCUGUUUAAGCGCAGCAUUAUACUAAUCAAGGCAUGGUGCUAUUACGAAAGCCGUAUUCUCGGCGCCCACCAUGGCUUGAUUUCCACCUAUGCGUUGGAGACACUCGUGUUGUACAUUUUCCAUCAUUUUCACUCAACAUUAGACGGUCCUUUAGCUGUUUUAUAUAAAUUUCUGGACUACUUCAGCAAAUUCGAUUGGGAUACCUACUGUAUCAGCUUAAACGGCCCUAUUCGACUCUCUUCAUUGCCGGCUAUUAUUGCUGAGAUGCCAGAAGAUAGCGACGGAGAUUUACUGCUAAGCAGUGAUUUCUUAAGUUCUUGCGUUGGCAUGUUUUCAGUUCCUUGUAGAGGCAACGACAAAAACUCGCGAGGGUUUCAGACGAAGCAUCUCAACAUAGUCGAUCCUCUAAAAGAAAGCAAUAAUCUCGGACGUAGUAUUAGCAAAGGGAACUUCUAUCGCAUACGUAGUGCAUUCUCUUACGGGGCAAGAAAACUGGCACGAAUACUUGUGCAGUCAGAUGACUCGAUUUCGGUCGAGCUCCACAAGUUCUUCUCAAACACCAUAGCUAGGCAUGGAGAUGGACUGAGGCACGAUAUUCACGAUUUCGACCUCGACCCUGCGAUUAUUUACAACAGUGCCAUCCCAGUCCCUACUGCACCUGUUCCAGAGAGUUGGCUGCACAAAGUCGAAAACUUUGAAUUACUCAACGGGGCGGAAAAAAAAGUACCGGAUGCUCCAAGUAGAGAGCCACUCGAUCUUGCUGCCCUGAAAAUAUCAGAUACUCCAGCUGCGAAGCCCUUUUUUGCGCCGCACCUCUAUUUCGCCGAAUCCAGAUUGCGUAAUCGCAAUGCAAAUUCAGACAAGAUCGAUUCUUCUUCUUUUGUCUUGUCUGAAUCCGAUGAAGGAUUCGUUGAUAAAGAUAAAAACACGGAUGUAUUUUGGGCUACAAAUCAAACAAAUCCAGGGCAAGGCUCGUCGGCAAAUAGGAGAGAGACAACUGAAUCACCGAGCUCGUUGUCAGAUCUGACUGGUGAUUACGAGACUUACUUGAAGUUCUUACAGUACGGCAGAUGGUGCUAUGAGCACGGAUUAGGUAUUCAUUCUCUGCCCAUGCCUCCUCCAUUGCCAACAACUGUCCCGUUUCAAGGCAACAUUUUUCUGGACGGUAUUGCCCCUCUCUCGCAUUAUAAACAUAACGGGUUUUCUCAUCGGCUCCAUAAUGGCUUCCUUCCAAUUCCACCGGCAUUGUACCCCGUGCCGCCACCUGUGUUAAUGCCAGGUGUCACAUUUGGGUGGGAUGACGCGUCGAAAGCCAGAGGAACAGGAACUUAUUUUCCAAACAUGAAUCAACCUCCACUAGGUUAUAGGUCUUCGUCGAUGAAUGGAAGGAAUCAGGUAGCAGCAACGAGGGCCCCACAUAUGGACGGGCGGAGCAUGAUAUUUAUGGAGGGGAAUAUGCUCGACAGAAGCAACAAUGAAGUAUCACAACAAAAUCAAGUCCCUAUCGAGAACGAUGUGAUGUCGUUUUCUCCUCAUAAUGGGAAUGGCUUGUACGUACAACCAGAGGCGGAUAUAGAUGAAUGUGGACUGGAAAACAGCGGGCCCGCCUCUUCUUCGCCUAGAACAUUCUCAGGCAUGCAAAGGCCACAGCCUCCUUUUAGCAGGGAGCAGGAUAGGAUUUCGUUGAGGUCUUCGUACAUACUGAAGGAUGAGGAAGAUUUCCCACCAUUGCCUGUCUGAAUUCUGAAAAGCGGUAACUUUAUUACAAGACUGUUGUUAUUUAGUCACUCGUGAAUGAAGAGUGAAGACGAACAAAAACGGAUUUUCUUCUGAACCAGUAAAAGCCCGAGGCGGCUUCUGCUUCUGUGGCUUCUCAGCUGCUUAUGAAAAAAAAUACUCGAAACUUAUAAUAUAUUUUUUUUUUCGAAACUGAUUUAACUUCAAAGAGGUUUUGUGUUGUUGUAUCUGCAUAUUGUGGCAACUUUGUCCUCGUUUGGCAGAGCAUAGGAUGAAUGUGAGAUUUGCAUAGGAUGUUACAUUCUUGACCGAAUUUUUGUUUUUCGUUUUUUCUUUUUUUUGUUAGAACGAUGAUAAAGUUGUGUAGCUUAGUCAUGAUAAAUGAUGUUGAAGAUGUCAAAUGUAAUGUAAAGAGAAUGAAUAUUCUCUUGUUGCUUAAUGAUAGUUGCAAUUUGAAUUUU